AUGACCAACUCUCCCCAACGUCCGAGUCCUUGUGAAAUCUGCGACAGCACAGCCGGAAAUCCGUCUGUACUUGACUUUCCCCCACUUGAUGCCGCAAACCAGCGCCCUGCGCACCACCACCGCAACCGUGACUUGAAUGGCGCCGUCAGGGCGACAGACUAUAUCGCUAUCCAAGUACCGCUUGUCCGCUUUAUCGAAGGAACUGUCAAGUCAUCCAUGCUCAGUGCGACCUCUGUACUGAAACAGUUCGGGAAACCACAUAGACCUUGUGUGAUUACCGAUCAAGCAAAGCAACAGAUAUGUCUUAUGUACAGCUUCAGCGGAGCGGAACCGCCUGAGCUUCUUCGUCAAUUUCUGGUCCCUGUCUACCCUACGCUUGGAGCCAACUUCCAUGUCCACUCUACCCCACAAUGGAAUCAUAAAUGGAACCAAUGGAUUCUCGCCGUACCAAUUACUCCACCCACACAGAACGUGGAGCAUCUAGCGGGAUGGAAGUCCAGCGCUAUGCCACGCGGAGCUCAUUUCGACAAGUCAGCUCUUUACACCCUGGAACAUCUCAUUUCUAAAAUCCGAAAGGAGUGGAAAACAACUUCAAAAACAAAUCCAGCGGCCGUGCGAGCAAUGAAAGCGUAUCUGGCUACUUUUGAAGAUAAAAUGUCAGCUGCUCCGACUUGUUUUUCCGGGAUGUCUCGCAGUAUCCAGGGGUCCCAUCUCACCCACCAAAGCUAUAGGUCGUAUUACCCCGCCGAACAAUUCAGUCUCCACGCUGCCGCGGUACAAAUGACCAGGGGCACCGAAGCACUGGAAUUCGAUGCUUCCCGACCGAAUGCAGCCAUCCACUACGCUAACGCACCAGCUAAUUGGGAAUCCAACGCUCCGUUGAUUGCAUGUUCUGCUUGA